AUGGACGAAAGCAAAGCUCCUCGAGCUCCUCGAGAGCCACAGGAGCUCUACAUCCUGGUGACAGGUGCAAACAGCGGUCUUGGAUUUUCGAUAUGCUGUCGCCUCGCCGACGAAUUCCUUUCCUCGCACCACUACGAUGACACCCUACACAUCAUCUUUACCACCCGGAGUGCGCGCAAAGCCGAAGAUACCCGCCGUCGCCUGGAAGAGCACGUACAAACCUCCUCUACCUCGUCCUCAUCUAAUUCCGCGCGAGUAAAAUUUGUCUCCGAAAGCGUCGACCUAGGCGAUCUUCUCUCUACGCGUGCACUCUCCCGCCGACUCUCGCAGACAAUCCCCAAGCUCGAUGCGAUUAUCCUGAACGCCGGAAUAGGGGGUUGGUCAGGAAUCAGCUGGCCCGCAGCCAUCUGGGGCGUCUGCACCGAUCUCAUCUACUCAGUAACAUGGCCGUCCUUCAAGCUCUCCCCGGUGGGAGUUCUGACGGGCAGGCAAACAGAGAAGGAGGAGGAGCCAGCCCUCGGAGCUGUGUUUUGCGCCAACGUGUUUGGGCACUACAUGCUGGCGCAUAACGUGGCGACGCUGCUGAAGAAGGCCCAGUCUCCUAAUGGACCUGGUCGCGUCGUCUGGGUAUCCAGUAUCGAGGGCACCAUCAAGCAUUUUGACGUCGAGGAUAUCCAGGGUCUGCAGAGCAAGACCCCGUACGAGUCCUCCAAGGCUCUAACCGACGUCCUGGCCCUGACCUCGAAUCUACCCAGUACCGCCCCGUGGGCCGUCGAUAGCUUCCUUCGCUCCAACGAUAAGACCGAAGAAACGGACAAGGCUGUGGCGGAACAUACUCCAACCAUGUAUCUCUCACACCCAGGAAUUUGCGCAACCUCCAUCAUCCCCCUCCCUCUUCCGCUGAUCUGGGCGAUGGUAGCUGCCUUCUGGAUCGCGCGCAUGCUCGGCUCGCCCUGGCACACUCUGUCCACCUACACAGGCGCCUGGGCUCCCGUAUUCCUCGCGUUGUCCUCUCAAGGCGCGCUCGAUGCCGCGGAGUCUCCGUAUCACCAGUCUGGCGGGGGCCGAGUGAAAUGGGGAUCUUCUGCGAACCGGUUCGGCGUCGGAAGCGUGAGCAGCACCGAGGUGGAUGGCUGGGGACACGGCGGUGUUGUUGGUACGGCCAUUGUUGAGGCUGAUCGGAAUCGUCAACGAAAGCGUGGCGCGGUCGAUUUGACUAAGGAGGAGAAGGAGAAUUUCGAGGAGCUUGGUCGGAAGUGUUGGAAGCAGAUGGAGGAGCUGCGGAUUAAAUGGGACGCUAUUCUGGAUCGAGCUGAAAAGGGCAAGGCUGUGACUGCGGCUGAGACUGCGGCUGAGACUGAGACUACAACUGCUCAGUGA